AUGGAGAAGUUAACAACAGCCGUGCUCUGGGUAGCCGUCGCUUUACAAGCUGCAUGUGCUUCCGACGUCCAGCAUUCUUCCGACGAGCACGCAGAGGACGGGAUGCAGGGCAUGUUGGAUACGAUAAGGGGACGGCGCGGAGUGAUAGAAGAGGAGAAAUUCUACAACAUCAAUCCCGGGCCCAGCCGGGAGAGCGUGAACCAGCGCACGCCCUGGCUCCCGGGCGGGAUGCACUCGGACGAGGAUCCGACCACGAACAUAUCGAUCGCCAAUGAUGUCAGCGGUGCGCCGGAACUGCACCAAACCACAGAGGGGGUCACCGACAAGCCGACCGGCCGCGGCGCCAGAGCGUCCAAUGAGAACUGGGUCAAACUGCCGUACCCUACCCAUAUUGACCCCGCCAGAGACCACCUGACCCCGCCGCAGCCCACCGGUGACCUCAUCAGCUCACGGAUGCCCCGCGUCAACUUCGUCACCCAGAACAAGGCGCUCGACACGUCCGAGACGCGCAACGAUAAAGAGUCGAUCCAAAGGUCGACGCGGACCGACGAAUUAAGGACGGAGGUGACCGACGAAUUCGCGAGGCAGCGGCCCCUCUACCCCAGGCAGGCGGUCUACUACCCGGAGGCACCGCGUCGCCCCUACUACGAAGAGCGCUAUUAUCCGGACGACAUGUACAGCCGCGACCCCUACUAUGAGUUCUACGACCGUAAGAGGUACUCGGGACCGAGGGUCGAUAGGUACGACGAUCCGUACGACAGCUAUAUGUCGCGGAAGCCGAAGAGGAUCAUCUAUUACGCCCACCUGCCCGAAGUGGUGAGGACGCCGCCCAGCGUCGACUUGAGGUACCGCUACUCAGCCGAUCCGUAUAGGCGCUUCGACGACGAUUAUUCGAGGACCGGUAGGUACGACUACCGCUUCAGGAACAGAUACCCCUACGCGGCGUUGAGGAAGGACGAGAGGAACUAUAGAGACCUGGCCAGCGCCGGCACCGCUACUAAGGACAAGAAACUCGACGAGAAAGUCACCCCGACGCCGGUGUUACCGAAAAAAACUGAGAAGAAUCCCAAUUCUGACGCGAACAGGAGUCCGAACAAGAACACAAUAAACAGUCAUCAGUAUCACGAGAGCGAUGCGAGUUACAGUGAUCAGAUGACUCACAAAGGAUUCAUGGACAGCAAAAGACCGGACAACAGUUACUACAGGUUUGAGGAGCCCUUAUUUCACGCUGCUAUCGAAGAUCCAUAUCAAAGAACAUAU